UUAUUACAUUUCAAUUUUGCAGGUGUGUGUAUUACUGUGUCUUCUGGCUGAGGUCAUCACCAUGGGAGCCGCUGACUCGAGUCCAGGGGUUACUCCUCCUGGGAUUCUCUUCUCUUAUGGUGUACACGACGAGAAGACCGGCAAUAGUUUCGCCCACCAGCAAACGAAGGACGACAGCUCUACCGCGGGUGAGUACCGGGUGGCCCUCCCUGAUGGUCGAACUCAGAUCGUCUCCUACACGGCCGACAAGAACGGCUACAAGGCUGUAGUGACGUACGAGGGAGUGGCAGUGCAUCCUGACGACCCUCCGAAGGAUUCGAAGAACACGGAGGCAGCAUCUCAACGGACGACUCAUCCGUCCGGGCAUGCUACUCAUCCGCCCGGGCAUGCUACUCAUCCGCCAGGGCAUGCUACUCAUCCGUCCGGGCAUGCUGCUCACCCGUCCGGGCAUGUUACCGACCCGUCCAACCACCUGGACUCGGUUCUCGAGCACCCGCUUCUGGUUAAACCAAGGCCGCAACCAGUCCACCCUCGGCCGAAAGCUAUCAACUUCAAUUCUCCUUUCCACACCCUGCAAGACAAGGUGCUUCACCAACCACUUCAAUCCCCUGUCCACUCAUUCCCCACCGUCCACGGACAAGCCCAGCACCCUGGCAAAGCCCCUAUCCACAAUGCACCAGUCCACCAUCCCUCCCUGGUCAAUUUCAAGCCUGUCCUCCCGCACCACGACCUACCCACCAUCAGCGUGGACUUCGCCCAACACCCUCAGACGGACCUCUCCCUCUUCGUACCGGCAAAGGACCUACUCGAAGUAGGAUUCCACGACCUCGGCUCUAAUGACCUUCCACUGAGUUCUGAUUCUUUCUCCCGCCAGCCUAGUUCUAACGGCCGCCAAGACAACACCAACUCCCAUCAUUUUCUUUCAGUACCCCAUCAAGGCUCCCUGAUAUCCCAUUUUGGUAUUCUAAUGCCCCAUCAUAAUACUCUGGCACCCUAUCAUGGUAGUCUGGCACCCCAUCAUGGUAUUCUGAUGUCCCAUUUUGGUACUCUGGCACCUCAUCACGGUACACUAGUACCCCAUCAUGGUACUCUGGCAACCCAACAUGAUACUCUGACACCUCAUCAUGCUAGUCUGGCACCCCAUCUUGGUACUCUGGCACCCCAUCUUGGUACUCUGAAACCCCAUCAUGGUACUCUGGAGCCCCAUCAUGGUACUCUGGCAACCCAACAUGAUACUCUGACACCUCAUCAUGCUAGUCUGGCACCCCAUCUUGGUACUCUGGCACCCCAUCUUGGUACUCUGAAACCCCAUCAUGGUACUCUGGAGCCCCAUCAUGGUACUUUGGCAACCCAGCAUGAUACUCUGACACAUCAUGGUAAACUGACACCUCAUCAUGGUACUCUGGCACCCCAUCAUAGUACUCUGGCACCUCAUCAUAGUACUCUGGUACCCCAUCGUGGUACUCUAGUAUCCCAUCAUGGUACUGCCGUCCCCUUCCAUCGUAAUUCUCCACAGCUCCAACAUGAGAAUUUGGCUCCUGUUCAUGGUAGUCAAAUACACCAUGAAGACAAAACGUCUCACCAUAACUCUUUAAGUCCCCACCUUGGUUCUCUAGCGCCCAUCCAUGGCAUGUUUGGACACCAGCAUGGUUCUCUAUCACAGCUCCAUGGCGCUCUAAGACACCACCAUGGAACUCCCAUACCCCAGGAUGCUCUAACUCUUUUUCACGAUGAUUUAAUACCCCAUCAUGGUAGCACUCUCUCACCCAUCCAUGGUACUCUGAAAUCCCAUCAUGGCACUCUAGCUCCCAUUCAUGGUAAUCCAACUUCUCACCAUGGAAGCCAGACGCCUCAUCACAAUACUCUUGCAAACCAGCAUGGUAGUCCAAUAAACCAUCAUGGUAUCCUGACACCCCACCAUGACACCUUAAGAACCCACCACCAUGGAUUUUUAAGUCCUCACCAUGGCUCUCUAGCUCCCGUUCAUGGGAGUAAGAUAAACCACCAUGAUUCCCUAGGCCCCAUUCAUGGUACCUCAAAAUCCCAUCAUGGAAUUCUGAAUUCCCUUCGAGGUAUUCCAAUACACCAUCAUGGCUCUCCUAUACCACAUCGUGGCACUCCUACACCCCUUCAUAGUGCUUUGUCACCCACUCAUGGCACCAGUUCACCCCAUCAUAGCACUCCUACAUCCCUUCAUGGUACCAUUUCACCCCAUCAUGGCACUCCUACACCGAUUCAUCAGACUUCCCACCAUGAUCCAGUGUUUCAUAGCAGUGUAGCACCUCAUCAUGGGACCCUGAUACCGCAUCAUGGGACCCCAAUAUCCCAUCAUGGGACCCCGAUACCUCAUCAUGGGACUCCCAUACCCCAUCAUGAGACCUUGAUACCACAUCAUGGGACCCCCAUACCUCAUCAUGGGACCCCGAUACCUCAUCAAAGCAGCAUAACGCCUCUUCACGAGACUCCCAUUUCUUUGCAUCACGCUAUUCCAUCGCACCAUGACAGAAGGGUCCCCAUUUCCCAUCACACAAGCCCCUUUCCUAUUAUUUCUGACCAACCAGACCAGGGGCCAUUCCUCCCUAGCCUCGGCCCACCUAUUCUAUCCUCAACCCCUAUCCCCUUACAAUCAACAAUUCCGGCCCCAUUCCACGCCUCAACAAACGUCCCCUUUCACGAACUUUCAACUCCUGCCUUCCAUCCCACGAAGCAGCGUCUAUUCCAUUUCAGCCCUGCCUCAAAUCCAACCUCAUCCCCCUUUCAUCCCGGCCCUACCCCCCUCCACACAUCCCGGCUGAAGGUUCAGACGUCUCUCCGGCCGUUUCUUCCAGGAGCACCUACGUUAGACAGAGAACAAUACCUCAAACAUAAAGGAAUAGUACGCAGGUCCUCCCUCAACACAGAGGAAAAAGAAACAGAAAACGGAAACAAAGACGACAACACAGAAAAUGGGUACAAUAAAACAAGCACAAACUAGCUGCGUAGCGCCUGCAAUAACUAUAUUUAUAUUAAUUACACAUAAAUACAAAAUAUAUGCUCGUUUUCUGUGCGUUCUUUAUGUA